UGCGGGACCGCACGGAGCCGGGCCGAGGAAGGGGAGACGAGGCCAGGCCAGGCCACGGGUGGGACCUGUCCUGCGCCGUGCGCCGAGACCCCGGGGCAGGCGAGAUGGGGGCCCUGGCGCCUGCCCUGCUGUUCCUGGCUGCGCUGCACUGUGCCGGGGCUCGAGCAGAGCCCGAGGAGAACGAUUCUCGCCUGGCCAAGACCAAGCCACCGGGAAAGCGCAGGAAAAAGGUGCCCAACGGGACUAGUCCUGACGUGGACACAGCAGGCACCGAGUGGACCUCCUGGUUCAACAUCGACCACCCGGGCGGGGACGGCGACUACGAGACCCUGGAGGCAAUUCGCUUCUACUACCAGGGCCGCGUGUGCGCCCAGCCCCUGGCCCUCGAGGCCCGCACCACCGAGUGGGAGCUGCCACGGGACGUGGGCGAGUUCGUGCACGCCAGCCCCCGCAAGGGCUUCUGGUGCGUCAACCAAGAGCAGCCCGAGGGCAGGACCUGCUCCAACUACCACGUCCGCUUCUUGUGCCCCUUGGAGGCCACGUGGGGCCCGUGGGGCGCCUGGAGCCCCUGCUCCAAGACCUGCGGCAGCGGCGGGAGGCGACUCCGGCGCCGGAGCUGCAAGAAAUCCAGGACGUCGCGCUGCGCCGGCCGCCCCUCGGAGGUGCAGAAGUGUGCCCGGACCCCCUGCCCAGCCUGCCAGCUGACCUGCGCCACGGGCAAGGCGAACAAGGACUGCAGCGGCUGCACCUGCCCGGACCACACGCUGCUGGGCACCGUGGUCUCGGCCGAGGGGUCGGCCCUUGCCAAUGCCCGCGUCACCCUGCAGGACCGGCCGCAGGCCACGCUGGCCCGGACUGACCAGCGCGGCCGCUUCCGCGUCCCGGGCAUGUGCGCCGGCAGCACCGCCAACGUCACCGUCCAGCUGGAGCGGUUCUCCCCGGGCGCGGCCCCCGUCAUCGCCAGCGGCCCCCGGAUGUCCACAGUGCAGGUCACGCUCCGCAGGCUGGAGAAGCCCUACAUGGUGAUGCACCCCGACUCGAAGGUCCGGACUGCUGGGCAGCAAGUGACUUUGUGCUGCAAAGCCUCGGGCACCCCCGUGCCCAGGAAGUAUUACUGGUACCACAACGGGACCCUGCUAGACAGGAAGGUUUACCGGUACGACGGGCGCCUGGUGCUGAAGGAGCUGCAGCCGCGGCACGCCGGUGCCUACCACUGCAAGGCCAGCUCCGAUGCGGGCGCCAUCAAAUCUGCCAUCGCCCGCCUGACCGUGCUGGGCAAGGGGCAGCCGAGCUGCCGGGCCCGGCCGGAGCAGAGCCUCAUCCGGCUGCCCGGCGAGUGCUUCCCGGAUGCCUCCAGCUCGCCCUACUACGACGUGGGCCGCUGCCCCGCCACGCGCUGCGCCGGGAGCCCGGCUGAGGAGCGGCAGUGCCGGGACGACGAGGAGCGCUGCUGCGGGGUCCGGCGCAUGGAGCUGCGCGAGGUCCGAUGCGCCGGCUACGUCCUGCCCGUCAAGGUGGUUGCCGAGUGCGGCUGCGACCAGGUCUUCCUGGGCCAGAAGAGCAUCGGGUUCACGGGCUACCAGGGCGCCUUCACCAUCGAGGUGCCCCCGGACACCCGCCGCCUGGUCGUCCGCUUCGUGGACCCGCUGCAGAAGUUCCUGGACACCGUCAAGGUGCUGCCUUUCGAUAGCCAGGGCCGCGCCGUGUACCAGGACGUCCCGGAGCUGGAAGCCGCGGCCUCCCGGCCCAGCCCGGACCCCAGCACGGUGGGGGUGUCCCAGCCCUAUUUGAGCAAGCUGGGCUACCGCCGCCUGGACCACACCGACCCGCGCGCCAAGAAGACGGCCUUCAGGGUCAACUUGGCCAAGCCCAACCCCAACAACGUGGACGAGGUCAACGGGCCGCUCUACCCCUACCGCAGCUUGCGGGAGUGCGAGGAGGCGCCCGUCAGCGCCAACCACUUCCGCUUCUCCCGGGCGGAGGUGGACAAGUACGAGUACAACGUGGUGCCCUUCGAGGAGGGCGACCUGACCUCCUGGACCCGGGACUACCUGGCCUGGUGGCCCAACCCCCAGGAGUUUCGGGCGUGCUACAUCAAGGUCAAGGUGGAAGGGCCCCAGGAGUACAUGGUGCGGUCGAGGAACGUGGGCGGCAGCCACCCGUGGACGCAGGGCCAGCUCUACGGCCUGCGGGACGCCCGCAGCGUCAAGGACCCCGAGCUGGAGCACAGCUCGGCUGCCUGCGUGGAGUUCAAGUGCAGCGGGAUGCUCUUCGACCACAGCGGCAUGGACCGCACCUUGGUCUCCAUCGUCCCCCAGGGCAGCUGCUACCGCACGGCCACCAACAGCCUCCUGCGGGAGUACCUGGGCCGGCACCCGCCCGCGGCCCCCAACAACGACACCAGGGCUUUCCAUAUGCUGGCGCCCGUCGACCCGCUGGGCCACAACUACGGCAUCUACACGGUCACCGACCAGAACCCGCGGCUGGCCAAGGAGAUCGCCCUCGGCCGCUGCUUCCACGGCACCUCCGACGGCUUCUCCCGGGAGAUGAAGUCCGAGGUGGGCACGGCCGUGACCUUCCUGUGCCAGGAGCGCCCGGCUGGCCGGCAGAGCCUCUUCCAGCGCCUGCUGGAGGCACCCGCCGAGGACCUGACCGAGAUCCGCCAGGAGAUGGGGAGGAGCGGGCAGCCGUAGGCGGUGGCCUUCGCCUCGGGGCUCCGCAGCCUCCUCCCCGGCCCGGCACGGGGGACCCCCAGCAGCCGGUGGAGGAUGAGCCAGGUCCGGGCUCAGCUGUGAGCUGCCCCUUGCUCCAGGCUGACCGUCCCUCCGGCCUCUGCAGCCCCUAACCCUCCGUUUCUCCUCCUUCGCCAUCCUCAGCCAGGUCACAGCUUGCUUUUACCCGCCCGCCUUCCUUGGGGUGCAGCUGGGGUCGGAGGGACAGCGCUGUGGACCGGUCUGGAGGCUUUUUGGGGGGAAGCCCUGUCAGCAGGGGACCAUCCCCAUAACCGCCCGCCUAAGGUGGGAGCCGAGGUGGCCCCGGGAUGCUGGGAACAGAGCCCAGGGAGCGAGGCUCAGCGUCGUCCCCUCCAGCCCCACGGUGACAUCUUUGCCUGGUGCUCUUGGCAGGAUGGGGCCGACCCUGGGCGUAGGGGCAGGACCGGGAUUCCCAGCAUCCCCGAAGCACUCCCCCGCCGCGGUGUGCUUCUGUGUCUGCUUCUCUGCGCACCCCACUUCUCUGCGAACCCUGCCCCGCAAAGCCGGGGGGCUCGGGAGGGAGCCGCAGACACUUUACGCUCCCACGUCCCGCGCUAAGGGGCCGUGAUGCAUGCAGACGCUCACUCCAAGGGGUUAGAAAAUAGCUGGAAACUUUCAGUAGGAACAGCUAAGGCUGGAAGGAAGAAGGCCCCAAACCCACACACCGCCGCCCUGAUGAGACCUGCCCCCGGCAGCCGAGAGGGACGGACCUGCCCCGUCGUACUGCCCUGGCCUGGAGGACAGCAGCCACGUGGAUGUGCCGCAUGUCCUUGCUGUGACAGUAAUGGGCCGGUCAGGGGGGAUCCCCAUCAGCUCCUCCCGGCAGCCCCCCGUGCCCCUGUCGGGGUCGGUCAGUGAGGUGCGCUCGUAGUGCCGGGCAGGGAAGGCGCGUGCGUCGUCGGCGUCCCAGUCGCCAGCUGCCCCGUCCCACAAGCAGAGGGGUAGAAGGAGAAACCUCAGGCUGUCCUCCCUAGGCACAACAGCCCGAAGCAGAGCGGCGUGGGCAGCACGGUCCUGCUGGCCACUCUUGCAAAAAACGUGGAUGUUUUUCUUGCUGGGGUCACUUGAUCCACUGACUUCCUGCCCCUGGCGGGGGGCUGGACGCAAUGAUCCCCGAGCUCCCUUCCAGCCCCCAUGUCUAUGAAAUCCCAUCCUACAACUCAGGCCAGAGCGGGCACAGGUGGCGGAUGCAGGCGUCUGGCCCCGAGGGCUUCAGCGGUGCUGGGGGGUAUCAAGGGCUGUUCGAUUUCCAAAGACCAGUGUUGGGAUUUGUAUCCGAUUUUUCGUAUGAUUUUUCUUCAUCUUCCACCUAGACACCAAUGCACAACGACCAUCUGUUUUCAAAAUCCAGCUGGUGGGGAUUUACCCAAAAGUCCAUAUAUCUGCAUGGCGACAACCAACGCCCCUGUAAACUGGCGGGGAUGCACUUCCUGCAAAGCUUUGGGGUUUGGGUUUGCUUGACCUUUUCCCGUGGAAGAGAGGGAGGAGCUGGGGGUGGGGGUGGAAGAGGUGGCAUCCGCUGGCUGGCAAGGCAAGGGACACAAGCACCGCUGGCCCCUGCCCUGCUGAAGCCGCUGCUUCCAUGCUCAAGACAGACGGACAGCGUGGUCCCGGCCCCGAAACAGCCAGGCCAAGACGUCAGACAGAUCCUUCCACGGACGCGGGGACACCCACCCCUGCUCCUGCCUCCCAGCUGGGGCCCAACUGGAAACAUGCACCCACUGCCAGACUCAGCCCCCAAAACAGGGGGCCCUGCCAGCCCCGGUGUGUGCCCAGGACAUCUCCCACCCUGCUGAGUCAGCCAAGGGCAUCUCACAGGGCAGGGGCGGGCGCCUCGAGCCCCGGUGCCCGGUGCAGGACGGUCUCGUGCACCAGAGCGGGUCGCCAGCUCGCACGCGUCUGUACGUUAUUUAUUAUAAAAUACAUGGUUGUUCUCACUGGUCUGGAGGGGCUGUUUCCCUGCACGGCAGCUGGGCACGUCGUGGGCUCCGCUCGCCCCAGGGAGGGGGCCCUGCACACAGCCAGGCCGGGCUCCCUGCCCUGGUGGAUCCGCCUCCCUGUCUGCCCACGAAGGCAUCUGUCCCCCCAAACCAUUGUUAGGCAGGCCACUGGGCCCCUUUUCACUCUGCUCCUCCACCUCCACCCACCCACCCACCCAGCCCAGCCAUCCAGUCCAUGGCUAGCCGGUCUGUGCACCCCUUCUGAUAUCUCGCCACCCAGCCAUCAGCCCUGCUCUCCAUCCUCCAGGCCAGCUCCCCGCUUCUCCAGACCC